UUUCCUUUCUAGGCAGCUAUAGUGCUGUGCCUGGAUGUAGGCUUUUCAAUGGGCAGUUCUGCCUCUGGUGAGGAGUCUUCGCUUGAACAAGCCAAGAAGGUUAUGACAAAGUUUGUGCAGCGACAGGUUUUUGCUGAGAGUAAAGAUGAAGUCGCUGUAGUUUUGUUUGGCACAGAUGGUACUGGGAAUGACCUUGCCAGUGAGGAUCAAUACCAAAACAUUACUGUACAUAGAUCACUAAUGCUACCAGAUUUUGAUCUGCUGGAAGACAUUCAAGAUGUGAUUAAACCAGGCUCUGAACAAGCAGACUUUCUGGAUGCAAUUAUUGUGUGUAUGGACUUGCUUCAGAAGGAAACAAUAGGGAAGAAAUACGAGAAGAGACACAUUGAACUGUUUACAGACCUUAGUAGUCCUGUCAGUGAGGAUCAGCUGGAAAUUAUCAUUGCUAACUUGAAGAAAACAGGAAUUUCACUUCAGUUUUUUCUGCCAUUUCCAGUGGAUGUUGAUGGAGGUGGAGAUACAAGUGCCAGUGUAUGUUCUCAAGUGCACAGAAACUCUUUUCCAAGAAAGGGUUUAACUGAGCAACAGAAUGAAGGCAUUCAUGUGGUGAGGAAACUGAUGCAUACUUUGGACGAAGAAGGAGGGCUGGAAGAAAUUUAUACUUUCAGAGAGAGCCUGGAGCGUCUUUCGAUGUUUAAGAAAAUAGAAAGAAGAUCUAUGGCUUGGCCCUGCCAGCUCACUAUUGGUUCUAAUUUGUCUAUAAGGAUUGUGGCCUACAAAUCAGUCAUGGAAGAGAAGGUGAAAAAAAUGUGGACAGUUGUGGAUGCUAAAACCCUCAGAAAAGAUGAUGUGCAAAAAGAAACUGUUUACUGCUUGAAUGACGAUGAUGAAACAGAGGUUCAGAAAGAUGAUACUAUUCAAGGGUUUCGCUAUGGGAGUGAUAUAGUCCCUUUUUCCAAGGAAGAUGAAGAGCAAAUGAAAUAUAAAACAGAAGCGAAAUGUUUUUCUGUUUUGGGAUUCAGCAGAUCCUCUCAGAUCCAGAGGCAUUACUACAUGGGCAACCAGGUUCUGAAGGUCUUUGCAGGGAAAGAUGAUGAGAAUGCAGCAGUUGCUUUUUCUGCCCUUGUUCAUGCAUUGAAUGAGUUGAAAGUGGUAGCUAUAGUGCGGUAUGCUUAUGAUAGAAGAUGCAACCCGCAAAUUGGGGUAGCUUUUCCGUAUAUUAAGGAUGCAUACGAGUGUCUCAUCUAUGUGCAACUACCCUACAUGGAAGACUUACGACAGUACAUAUUCUCAUCCUUGAAAAACAAUAAAAAAUUCGUUCCUACAGCGGAUCAGUUAUCUGCUGUUGACUCUUUGAUUGAUUCUACGAAUUUGGUUUGUGAAAAUGAUGAUGGAGAAACUUCUGAGGACCUGUUUAAGCCGAGCAAAAUCCCAAACCCUCAUUUUCAGAGGUUAUAUCAGUGUUUGCAGCAUAAGGCUUUUCACCCCAAUGAGCCAUUGCCGCCAAUUGAACAGCAUCUUUUAGAGAUGCUGGAGAUGCCCCGUGUGGUAAAAGAAAGGUGUCAGGCUCCUCUUGAAAAAGUAAAAGCACUUUUCCCCCUAAAGGAAGUUGGCAAGAAAAAAGAAGAGAAGACUGCUCAAGACAUCUUCAAAGAUAAUGAAGAUGGACCCAACCCUAAGAAACCAAAAAUUGAAGAUGAGGAAGGUAGCUUUAGCAUCAUAAAACUUGCUGAAGGCAAUGUCACCUCUGUUGGCAGUGUUAACCCAGCAGAAGAUUUUCGAAUUCUGGUGAGGCAGAAAAAUACUGACUUUGAAGACGUGAGUCAGCAGUUGAUAAACCGUGUUGAUCAGUUCCUAGAAAAUAAAGGUUCACAGUACUACAUGAAAGGGAUCAAUUGUAUCAGAGUUUUCAGAGAGGAAGCCAUUAAGCUGUCCAAGGUGCAGUGCUUUAAUGAUUUUCUGCAGGCCCUGAAAUCAAAGGUGGAAGAUAAAGCCUUAGCUGAUUUCUGGGAGGUCAUGACACAAGACAGAAUUUCUUUGAUCACUAAAGAUGAAGCAGAGGGAAGUUUGGUGACUACUGAAGAGGCUGAAAAGUUCUUGGCUCUGAAAGAAAAGGAAAAUGAAACUCUGCCUUCCACAGACGAAGGUGGUGAUGUUGAUGAUUUGCUGGACAUGAUGUGA